AUGGGAUUUUGGACAUUCAUGGAAGGAUUGCUGCUACUGGCAAACGCGAUGGCGAUUCUGAACGAGGACAUAUUUCUUGCCCCAAGGGGAUGGACGCUUGCAGAGCUUCAAGCUGGGAGAAGAAGUUCACUCAAGGGCCAGAUAAUUGGACUCAUUCAUGCUUGCCAGUUCAUGAGAUUGUCGCUUAUCAUCCUCAACAUCGUCAUCAUCGUAAUCAAGCUUGUUUCUGGUUAG